CUCUGUUGCGUGCAGGGGGAGGAGCCCGAGACCGGGAGCAGUGGCUCUGGCGGUCGGUCGUGGCGGUCGGAGGUCCCAGAGCUCUGCUCCUCAGAAGAGCGUGUGGCUGUCUCAACUGGAUGUGUUCCAGGUCUACACCUGACAGUCACUGGAAUGCUACUCCAGGCCUUAGAAGAAAGUGAAACUAAUUUAAAAGGCCCCUUAUCCCUCUGUUACCUGCCUGCUGAGGUGAAACUAGAUCUCCCUGCUCCUUUAUUCUGAACUGAUUUGACCUUCCCAGCUCAAAAAUUUGUGCAGGGAGCAGGAACCCCUGGCUGUAUUGGAGCCCUCCUAAGUCAGAGCCAUGGGUCAGGAAUCUAGCAAGCCUGUAUGGCCCAGAUCAGGAGGGUAUCAAUCUAAUACAGGCAGGAGGUAUGGAAGAAGGCAUGCUUAUGUCAGUUUCAGGCCAUCCACGAGCCAGCAGGAAAGGAUUGCCAGCCAGAGAAAGACGACAUCUGAAGUCCCAAUGCACAGAUCAGCCCCCACUCAGUCCACCAAGAGGAGCCGGUCGCCAUUUUCCACCACUCGUCGUACUUGGGACGACAGUGAGAGCUCAGGUACCAGCCUGAAUGUUGAAAAUGAGGACUAUUCAAGGUAUCUGCCAAGAGAAUUCAGGGCUUCGGGGAGCAGAAGAGGACUGUCUUAUGGACAUGUUGAUGUUUUUGGGGCAGAUGAUAGCGAGGAGGAGGGGGCUGGGCCUGUUGAGCGACUGCCAGUGAGAGGAAAGCCUGGCAAGUUUAAGGAGGAUAAGCUGUAUGAUCUGGAAAAAGGGGCAAGGUCUCUGGUGGGGGUGCCUCCCCAGUUUGCUAGUUUCAACCACAAUGUGAGAGAGGAGUUUGACAAGUUCGACCUGUCCCCUGCAGCGAGACGCUCUGCUACCAGAGCUGAGUUCCUGAGGCAAAAUAGCGUGGCCUCUCAGACAUCUCCUGUUGAAGGAAAGAUGGCCGCCAAUGGAGACAGCUUGGAGAGGGAAAGACGGGAGCAGAAUUUCCGAGCACGGGCCAGCAAGGCUCCCGUGAGUGUGUGUGGUGGUGGGGAAAACACUGUGAAGAGUGCUGAGGAACCAGUGGUAAGGCCUAAAGUCCGAAACCUGGCUAGCCCAAACUUCGUGAAACCAAAAAUAUUUUUUGAUACCGAUGAUGAUGACGAUAUGCCGCACAGUACUUCCAGGUGGAGGGACACUGCUAGCGCUGAUGAGGGCCGCUCCGGUGGCUCAGCCAGAAGAAGCAGAGGUGAGAGCUCCGGUGGCUACACUGAGCCGAGGUACCCUGAAGACAAAAGGGAUGCCAGGAACGACCAAGUGAAGCCAGAGAAGGUGCCCAGGUGGCGUCGCCCUGUGGUUGACCCCGACUUCUGGACCUACAAUGAUGAGAACUACAGAUACUUUGAUGAAGACUCUGAUAGUGAUAAAGAGUGGAUCGCUACUCUGCGCCGGAAGUACAGAAGUCGAGAACAGCCCCUGUCAUCCAGUGGUGAAAGCUGGGAGACUCUGAUGGAAAAAGAAAAGUACGAACAUCCACAAGCUAGAAUGAGCAUGAGUGCUGCUAGUAUCAGCUCUGGCCCUGGCGCCGGAGCUAGUGAGGUUGCUGGAGCCAGUGCUGGUGCCAGUGCCAUUGCAGGUGCUGGUAGUAAAGGUGCUAGCUAUCUGGAGGAAGUUCAAGGGCCAUCGAUUCAGGAAGAGGAACGGGCAUCCCUGGAAGAAGGAGAAAUUCCUUGGCUGCAGUACAAUGAAAAUGAGAGCAGCAGUGAAGGAGAUAAUGAUUCUGGUCAUGAGCUGAUGCAGCCAGGGGUGUUCAUGCUGGAUGGAAACAACAACCUCGAAGAUGACUCCAGUGUCAGCGAAGACCUUGAAGUGGAUUGGAGCCUCUUUGAUGGCUUUGCCGAUGGGCUCGGUGUGGCUGAAGCCAUCUCUUACGUGGAUCCUCAGUUUCUCACUUACAUGGCCCUCGAAGAGCGCCUGGCCCAGGCCAUGGAAACUGCUCUUGCACACUUGGAGUCCCUCGCAGUAGAUGUCGAGGUGGCCAAUCCGCCAGCAAGCAAGGAGAGCAUUGAUGCGCUUCCUGAGAUCCUGGUCACGGAAGAUCACGGUGCGGUGGGCCAAGAAAUGUGCUGUCCGAUCUGCUGCAGCGAGUAUGUGAAGGGCGAGGUAGCGACCGAGUUACCAUGCCAUCACUAUUUCCACAAGCCAUGCGUGUCUAUAUGGCUGCAGAAAUCAGGCACCUGCCCUGUGUGCCGCUGCAUGUACCCCCCUUCACUCUAAUGACCAAGGCUCUUUACUCCUGGUCGCAUUGUUGCCCCAUCUGAAACCCACGCUACUGCAGGAGCCCUCUCGGAAUUAAUGAAAAUGAAACCAGUUGGUCAAUUAAACCUGUUGAUUCCUUGUGAUUAUUUCUAAUGUGAAAUGGUUGUGUCUGAUUGCAUUAAAAAUCACUUGUCUUUUAGAGGUUAGAAAGGCAAAACUAAACUUUGUAAAUGCUACUUGAGAUUUAAAGAACAUUUAAAUGUUCUUUGAACAUUUUCUAACCUGGAAGUUGAAAUAAGUCACAUUUGUUUUCUUAAGUACAAUAUGUUGCUAUUAAUUGUAAUGUCAAGCUUCACAUGUUAAACAUGUCCAGAAAGAAAAAUCAUUUUUGUUGCAUGUUCUGGGUUAAUGUUCCUGUAAUUGCAGUGCUAUAAAAGCUUAUUAAAGUCCUUUGGUUUUACAUG